CGCCCCCUCCCCCGGCGUCCGAGCGAGGGAGUUCCCUGGCCGCCAGGGCCCCCGGCAGGCUUGCGGGCCCUGGGACCUCCCGCAGCAGGCAGCUACGACAUGGUGCAUUAUGGCCAUUCGAACCAGCUGCGCCAGGCACGGGCCAUGGGCGACUACCUCAUCGUGGGCGUGCACACGGAUGAGGAGAUCGCCAAGCACAAGGGGCCCCCGGUGUUCACCCAGGAGGAGCGGUACAAGAUGGUGCAGGCCAUCAAGUGGGUGGACGAGGUGGUGCCUGCUGCCCCCUAUGUCACCACGCUGGAGACCCUGGACAAGUACGGCUGCGACUUCUGCGUGCACGGCAAUGACAUCACACUGACGGUGGAUGGCCGGGACACCUAUGAGGAAGUGAAGCAGGCCGGGAGGUACAGAGAGUGCAAGCGCACCCAGGGGGUGUCUACCACAGACCUCGUGGGCCGCAUGCUGCUGGCAACCAAAGCCCAUCACAGUGGCCAGGAGAUGACCUCCGAGUACCGGGAGUACGCCGACAGUUUUGGCAAGCCCCCUCACCCGACACCCGCCGGGGACAUACUUUUCUCAGAAGGCUCCUCCCAGUGCCCUGGGGGGCGAAACCCCUGGACAGGGGUGUCCCAGUUUCUGCAGACAUCCCAGAAGAUCAUCCAGUUCGCCUCUGGGAAGGAGCCCCAGCCAGGGGAGACGGUCAUCUAUGUGGCCGGUGCCUUCGACCUAUUCCACAUCGGGCACGUGGACUUCCUGGAGAAGGUUCAUGGGCUGGUGGACAGGCCCUACAUCAUCGCCGGCCUGCAUUUCGACCAGGAGGUGAACCACUACAAGGGGAAGAACUACCCCAUCAUGAACCUGCACGAGCGCACCCUGAGCGUGCUGGCCUGCCGGUACGUGUCAGAAGUGGUGAUCGGGGCCCCGUACGCAGUCACGGCAGAGCUGCUGGGCCAUUUCAAGGUGGACCUGGUGUGUCACGGGAAGACAGAGAUCGUGCCUGACAGGGACGGCUCCGACCCCUACCAGGAGCCCAAGAGAAGGGGCAUCUUCCGCCGGGUGGACAGUGGCAGUGACCUUACCACAGACCUCAUUGUCCAGAGGAUUAUCCAGAACAGGUUGGAGUACGAGGCCCGGAAUCAGAAGAAAGAGGCUAAGGAGUUGGCCUUCCUGGAGGCCGCGCGGCGGCAGGAGGCCCAGCCCCUGGGAGGACAGCCGUGACCUCUGAGGGGUGACCUUGCGGACUGCGGAGCCUUGGCCCCUGCUCUCCUUCUGCCUCCAUGCUGGGCGCUAGCGUUCUCGUGGAGCUGUGGCCUGCUCCACCCGGCCUGCACUGGUCACCACCUCCCGGCCUGUGAGGUGCCCUUCCCACCAGCUGCUGGGAGAGGGCGUCCAGUGCCUCGGGGUGGCCCAGCAGGCAGGUUGAGCAUGGGCACCUGCCUGUGUGCUGCCACUCCCUGCUUCCCCAGGAAGCUCCCUCGGACCCGGCCUGGUAGCAGGCAUGCUGGACGGCCAUGGGAGCAGUGCCCUCACCCACCCCCCAGCUCAGCCUCCCCAUCUCCGUCCUGUGCCUGACUGGGGUCUCUGGUGCAACCGACGCAAUAAAGCCAAGCGGGCAGUGCUGGUA